CGCAGUUUCCGUGUGAAGCGCGUUCCCGACGUUAUUGCCGUUCGGUGACUGUCGGUUCCGGAACGCUCUAGCUCUCUCCCGUGCGUAACGCAUUAGCCACAGACACAGCGUGUCUCAUCUCCACGCCUCCCUCCUCACGUGUCCCGGCGGCGGUACAGGACAGGCAGGGAAGGGAAAGCUCCUCACAUGACCCGUCUGUUUGUCCCCGUGAUCAGGAGAAGCACCGCCGGCUCUCACGCCUCCCCCUUUCCGGGCCGCCCCGGGCCCUGGGCCUGUAACGCCUGAGUCUGGGGGGACUCGGGCUAAAGAUUCCGCCCGCUGCCUCCCAACCCAGACGCUCGACACAUGGACAUGCUGGAUCAGGGCCUCGACUCCGCCAGUCACGACAAAGGACAGGAGACGGAAGAAGUUGUAGAGUUGCAUGAAGGAGAUGAUACGAGUGCCGAGGAACAUACUGCCGUGGCCAUUGCCACUGUCCAACAAGCUGCCUUCUCAGACCACAAUAUCCAGUAUCAGUUUCGCACAGAAAACAAUGGAGGACAGGUGACAUACAGAGUUGUCCAGGUGACAGAUGGUCAGCUGGAUGGCCAGGGGGAUGCAUCAGGGGCAGUCAGUGUUGUGUCAACAGCAGCCUUUGGCGGCACUCAGCAAGCCGUAGCACAGGCUGUGAUCCAGAACCAAUUCAGCAAUGGCGGAAGCCCUACCUCAGAUGCAGUUGGUGGGGAGGCGCGCUAUGCUUAUUUUCCAGCUUCCACAGUGGGGGACACUACAGCUGUGUCUGUGCAGACGUCUGACCCUGCACUGGCACAAGCAGGAGGGCAGUUUUACGUCAUGAUGACCCCCCAAGAUGUACUUCCUGCUGGAACACAGAGGACGAUUGCUCCACGAACUCAUCCCUAUUCACCUAAGAUGGAUGGGAACAGAACGCCUCGCGACGAGAGACGAAGAGCUCAGCACAAUGAAGUGGAGAGGAGACGGCGAGAUAAGAUUAACAACUGGAUCGUUCAACUGUCAAAAAUCAUUCCAGACUGCAACACAGAAAGCGCCAAAACCGGAGCCAGUAAAGGUGGUAUACUGUCUAAAGCUUGUGACUACAUCCGUGAGCUCCGGCAGACAAACCAACGCAUGCAGGAGACCUACAAAGAAGUGGAGAGACUGCAGAUGGACAACGAGCUGCUGCGACAACAGAUGGAAGAUCAGAAGAACGAGAAUGCACUUUUGAGGGGACAGCUACAGCAGCACGGCAUCGAGGUGGUGGAAGAAUCUCCGAGGCAGUAACAUUCUUCACUCGCUCAUCAAUAAGAGUAGAUGGGGAAAAAAGCCACGAAGCGGAACUAUCGGCACCCUUUUCUUCAGUGGCAUCUCACUUGCCACCACCCUUCAUUCACAGCACACCUCUCCCUGCAUUUUUUUUCUCCUUUAACUUUAUGGUGUCAAAAAAAAUAUUUCCCUGAUCCUUCUAAAGGACUUUAUGGAUUGUUGGCUACAAGGGUGGGGUUUCAACAAUAGCCAUUAACGCUCGUUGGGAGAGAUUCUUUUUCACCCCCCCCCAUUCCACUGCAGAUUGGGACCUGCACACUAUUGCAAUGCAGUAGGUUCAAGGUCUGUGCUUAGGAGCAGAGGGUUAAUGAAGAAUUGCUUUCCUUUUUUUUUUUUUUUUUAUUAUUAUAAAUAUAUAUAUAUAUAUAUAUAUAUAAAUAUGAACAUACCUUAGACUUUUAGCAAUUGAAUAUAGGUAACACAACCUUUUUUUUCUUCUUUGCUUUUUUAAAACUAUUUUUAAACCCGAGUGUGUGGAUGAGCAGAUUCUAGUAUUAUUUCCUCUUAUGCUCUGAGUUUUUUUUUCCCCACAAAAACUUGGGGUGAUUUUGCAGCCUUUGAAAGGAUCAUGCAGUAAAUCUCCAGUUUACAAUGUACUCGCAUAUAGACGCCAAAAGCUAUAUUCACUAUCCUCUUUGAACAGCCAUUUUUGCAAGUGCUUCGGAGCCGUCCGCAGCAGCGAUAUACUAAGCAGGGCCUGCUGAAAUGCGUCCGAAUACUUGCAUCUAUGCAUCCCUGUACUUUAUUCUGAUUUUAAAGGGAAAGUGCUACCAAAAAUAAGCUUGGAUUAACACCUUUACAAUUAAACAGUUUGCAUUUCCUUGUAAAGUCUGAA